AUGAAAGAAAGUGUCCAUUAUCAGAAGAAUUUGCUCAAAUAUGGAGUCAUUGCCGGCUUGAUUUCAACUAUCGUAAUUACAAUUUACACCACUGCUUCAAUCAGGCUGCAGCUUUUGGAAAUGGAAAAGGCGCAGCUCGAUAUUCUGAUUAAAAAGCACAAGCUUGAGAGUCUGCGUCGCGAGCUGUAUCCAGAGUCUUCUAAGAAGUCGGAAGCAGACCUCUCCAAAAGACAAAGAAGCUGGACAAACUGGGCACUUUCAUUCCUAAACUCUUCAACAAGCAAAUAA